CCGUCGAUGGGGACAGUUGAUCUUUCCGCCUCCAAUCAGCUGAUCCUCGAGCAGCCGAAAUUCCGUCCGCGUUUCCAAUUGGACUCUCGAUCGCAUCGCAUCGCCCACUAGUUUUCAGUUUAUUUUCGGUCAUAUGUGCUAAUAAUUGCCGAGUGCCAGUGCCAACUUAAGUGCAAGUGAUCGUCUGCUAAAAAGACGGAAGAUUCUUUCUGCCGGCCAACAAGGCCACAAUGAAAUCAAAGUACGAGAACAUGAAGAUCAUCUACAAUCGUAGCAAGAUCGGCUGGUAUUGGGCUCCUCUAUUUGUUGCCUGCUGGUUCCUGCUCUUCUACCUGGUGGUGAUUCCCAGUUUCCAUCGGAUGCCAAAGCUGAAAACCCUGGAGGAUGAACGCGAAGAGCCGGGUCAAUUCAUUGGGGAACGGGCGGAGAACACACUCUUGAGACUUUCGAAAAUCGGACCAAAAGUCGUGGGAAGUGCGGCCAAUGAACAGGUUGCUGUUCAAUUUCUUCUCAGUGAAAUUGGAGAUAUUAUAAACGAAGCGCGAACGGAUCUAUAUGAUAUAGAAAAGGAUGUUCAGGUUGCCUCUGGAAACUAUUUACUCUGGUCCAUGGUCAACGUCUAUCAGAGCAUCCAGAAUGUGGUGGUUAAACUCUCUCCGAAGAAUGCCACCAGUGAAGCUGCUCUUCUCAUCAAUUCUCAUUUUGAUUCCGUUCCGGGAAGCUCAGGAGCCGGAGAUGCUGGCAUGAUGUGUGUGAUCAUGUUGGAAGUGUUGAGGGUAAUCACCAAGUUCGAGACACCACUCACGUACUCGGUGGUGUUCCUCUUCAAUGGAGCGGAGGAAAAUCCCCUACAAGGCAGCCACGCGUUCAUCACCCAACAUCCUUGGGCGCAAAAUGUCAAAGCGGUUAUGAAUUUGGAUUCCGCUGGCAGCGGAGGACGAGAAAUUCUCUUUCAAUCCGGACCAGAUCAUCCUUGGCUGAUGAAGUACUAUGGCAAAAACAUAGUUCAUCCGUUUGCCUCCACUAUCGGAGAGGAAUUGUUCCAGAACGGGUUUGUUCCCUCAGAGACCGAUUAUCGCGUGUUCCGCGACUACGGCAAUAUACCCGGUCUCGAUAUGGCGCAGACUUUGAAUGGUUAUGUGUACCAUACCAAAUAUGAUCGCUUUAAUCUCAUCCCGCGUCGAACUUACCAAUUAACUGGCGAAAAUAUCUUGGCUUUGGUCAAGGCUUUGGCGAAUGCCGAGGAACUGGAGAAUCCAGCUAAAUACGCCGAGGGUCACAUGAUAUUCUUCGACAUGAUGGGCUGGUUCUUUGUUUAUUAUCCGGAGAGUACAGGUGUCAUUAUCAACAUUUCCGUGUGUGUCUUGGUGUGCAUUACCAUCGUGGGAUAUAUUUUGACCAUGUCCAGUAGUACGGGAAUGUUCCGCAGACGGAUUUGGGCCAAGUUUGGCAUUCUAACUGCUCUCCAGGUUACGGGAGUUGCUUUAGGAAUUGCCCUGGUUCUUUCGAUAGCCUUGUUCCUUGAUGCAGUGAAUCUUCCAAUGUCUUGGUUUGCCCAAAACUGGAUGCUCUUUGGUCUCUACUUUUGUCCUAUGAUAUUCGGAAUGGGUAUUGUUCCAGCUAUUUACUUUAGUCGCACCAAGGAGCAUGGUUUACCUUUGGGCUAUGGCAUUCAGCUUUUGAUGCAUUCGCAUUGUCUGAUUUUGACCAUUAUCACCGCCAUAAUGGUGAGCUAUAGUAUUCGAUCGGCGUUUGUUAUAAUGCUCUGCAUUGGUUUCUACACUUGUUCUGUGUUGAUUAACUUGGUCACCAAAGCUCACAAAACAAACUUCCUUUGGCUUAUACCUCACUGCAUUUGCCAGAUAAUGCCCUUCAUGUUCUAUACGUACUGCUGCUAUGCCUUCUAUGUGGUAUUUGUACCCAUGCAAGGACGCGAAUGCAAUACCAAUCCUGAGAUACUAAUGGGUUUCUUCACCGCCCUGAUGGUUCUACUAUUUGCACCCUUUUUGGUUCCCUUGUUCUGUCUUUUCCGCAAAUCGAAAACGAUUAUCUCGAUGUUUGGUAUCUGCACGAUAGUAUUUAUUAUAUUAGCCGCUACACCUGUUGGCUUUCCUUAUGCCGAUAAGACAGCUGCCCAGCGAUUCUUUGCAGUGCACACAGCUCGAACUUUCCACGAUGGCGAUGCAGCAAGUACUGUUACCAAAUCCGAUUCGGGAUACUUUGUGCUUCCAGUCGAUCGUCGUCCUCACACCGUAGAUGAUAUCCUCUUUGAAAACACCAACUUUACAAAGGCAGAACCCAUGGACUGUGAUACGGAGAUUAUGUGUGGUUUCCCCAUUUACAGUUCGCGAUGGUUGAAUGCAGUUGACAACAGCUAUUUUAUACCUGGUCCAGAACCCAAUAAGGCAUAUACUCCCACUCUAACCAUUUUGGGUAAAUCAAGUAGUGCCGCAACAAACAUUAACUUUGAUCUCGAGAUUUCUGGCCCUGAUCACACGAGCAUAUUCAUACUGCCCUUAAACGAUACCAAAUUGGUGGAUUGGUCCUUUACCAGGGAACCAUUGGAGAACAAUGUAACGCCUCCUUACUAUGUGUACUGGUCAUAUGCUUUGGAUCCAAAGCCUCUCCAAUUUUCACUGGAAUUCGAGCACGACGAUCCCAAUUGGUCGGGCGGCACUUUCAAAAUAGCGCUGAUGGGCCACCGAAUACAUGAUGAUAUGUUCGUAACCUCAGACUUCCGGGAGUUCCUGGCCACGUUUCCAUCUUGGGCGCAUGUCAGCUCCUGGAUUGGAUCCUACAACAGCUGGCAACUGUAAUGAUGGGCCCAACAGUUCCUUUUGCGAACCAAACUCAGUCCCCGUUUUUGCCAUGACACCUCAGCCACUGUUAAAUUUGGUACUACCUACUAGUAUUACCAAUAAACCCAAUGCAACGAACAAAGUGUCAAAACCAGAAUGGCACAUCCUAAGUUACGAUUAGACCAGUGUAGUUACUACUUUGUAAUUUUAUUAAAAUAUACUAUAACUUAUUUGUUAAGAUAAGCCAGUU